ACUGGCUAUGCAUGAGAUCCCGGAAAGCUCUGGUUUACUGGAAGGUUGUGAAGGCCAUAUGGUCUUCACACACAACUUAAAGUUACUAGAAGAUAAGAAGUACUACUUAGCUGGCCGCAUGGUGGGAAUGUCACUUAUACAUGGUGGGCCGGGUUUAAGCUGCCUAGAACCCAUAAUGUACAAAAUGAUGUGUGAUGAAAGAAGCUGUCUAAACAAUUUCGAUAUAAGUUUUUUACCAGACAGUGACAUAAUAGAAMCUUUAAGAGAGCUCGAGUCUGUUAAAUCACCGACUGAGUUCAGAUGUUUUGUUGGUAAGAGGGGAGAUUAUAUUGCUAUGCAAGGCUAUCCAUCAAUUUAUCUUUCCAAAGAGGAAGAUGCCAAAAUCAUCAAACACGCAUUACUCAAGCAGUUCUUCAGUUAUAGGUAUGUUAUUCUACAGGUACAGUGACCUGUUGGAGCCCACCAAAACUACCCAAUUGUAAACAAUAGAAAGUAUAUAAUGACAUAUUAAAUAUCUUUCUGUUGGGUCUUUUACAGAAUUUGUGCAUAUUUGUACAAUAACUUAAAUUUUUAUGUCAUUUCAUUCAGUUUA